AUGGUCGCCUUCUCCGCCAUCUUGCAAACAGCCCUAGGCCUCAGCGCAGCAAACGACCUGACCUCGCUAUUCGGCCCAUAUCUGUCACCACAAGCAGAGAUCCUCUACGGGAACGAUACCAAUUUCUACGCCCAGUUGCAACAGAGAUGGACUGACUAUAAAGCGCCUUCAUAUGGCGCAGGGGCCAUCAAGCCCGCGACGGCCAAGGAUGUCCAAAACGUUGUGAAAAUUGCCAACGCCAACUCCAUCCCAUUCUUUGUGACAGGGGGUGGCCAUGGCAUCUCUGACUACCACAACUUCGACGGGCUGUCCAUCGACAUGGGCAAGUUCAACACUGUGGAGAGAAACGCCGCAGGAGAUCGUCUCACCAUCGGGGGUGCGGUGAAGAUCCACCAACUCACCAAGCCUCUCGCUGAAUGGGGCAAAGAGCUCCCUCUGGGCUCUUGCGCGUGCGUGGGCGUGGUAGGGGCCACGUUGGGCGGAGGGAUUGGCAGUCUCCACGGCCUGCGCGGUCUUUUGGUUGACUACCUGGAAGAGGUGGAAGUGGUCACCGCGUCUGGCGACCUCAUCAAGGCGUCGGAGACCGAGCAUAAGGAUCUCUUCUGGGCAUUGCGCGGAGCCGGUAGCAAUUAUGGAAUUGUCACUUCCGCAACGUACAGGCUUCCAGAGGUCACGAAUAAGGGAGUGUACGUGAAUGCGGACUAUGUCUAUCCCGUGAGCGCCAACCAGUCUUUCUUCGAAGUGCUGGAGCAGUUUGAUAAUACUCUCCCACCUCGACUGGCCAUUACGGGCGCGUCAUUCUUCGAUCGCGUUAACAACAAGCCCGUGAUCGCUGUCAAUGCUGUGUUCUUCGGUCCGCUCGAGGAGGCACUUCCUCAUUUGCAGCCAUUCGAAUCUUUGCAGCCAGAAAUGAAGAAUGUCUCCAGUAUUCCCGCGGAGCAGAUGAUGGAUGCGGCCUUCUUUAGCUUCUUCGGAAUGGACAACGGCGCCUGCACCCCGAAUCAGCACAUCAACAUUUACACCGUGGCCCUGAGGCAAAUUCACGCUCCUACUUUUCAAUCCUUCUAUUCAAAGCUGGUUGACUUCUGGAAUGCGAACCCGACCUACCAAGGCCGGCUCUUGAUCCAGCGUUACUCGAAUGAAGGUCCGAUGGCAGUGCCGGACGAUGCAACUGCCUAUGCCUAUCGUGACGUGAAGACAUACAUGAACAUUGAAGGCUUCUAUGCCGAUAGCGCUCUGGACGAUGCUGUGAACGAGUUUGCAACAUUGGGCCGACAAGAAUUUGUCGAGACGAGUGGCUUCGACCAACUGGCAGUCUAUUCUAACUAUGCUCGCGGAGAUGAGGGCCCAGUCGCUUGGUACGGUGAGCGGAAAUUGCCCAAGUUGUCGGCCUUGAAGCGUAAAUGGGAUCCGGAACAGCGCUUCAGUGUCAACAACCCCGUUCCCCUACACUGGAGGACGGAACUGUAG